CAUCAGUUCAUCAAUUCAAGCUUAUAACUCUCCACAUACAUUUUGUGAUCAGACAACUAAUCAAUCGAAAGAUGGAAGGAAAAACAUUGAUUCUAAUUGUGCUCGUAAUGACUCUGUUCAUGGCACAAAUUCAAGUUGACGCAAAGAGCUGCUGUCCCUCCAAAAUUGCUAGAUUAGCCUAUAAUUAUUGCCGCCUUGAAGGAGGUAAUAGAAAAAGUUGUGCUAGCCUCAGUCGCUGCAAAAUCGUUAAUGGGGAAUGUCCUAAUGGAUAUACUAAGGACAUUCUUGAGAACACAGGUGAUGUUGUGAAUGAAUACUGCAAUGUUGGGUGUGUAUCUUCUAUCUGCGGUGCUUUAACCACUCUCCAUAACUCCGAUUCAAGUGAAAUUGUGAAUGGAGCUGUUGAAAAAUGUGUCAUGGCAUGUUCUACAAUCUGCACCAAGGGCUCAAUAAAUGCAGUUGAAACUGCCUAAA